CCCGCAGACAGACAGUUUAACACUCUGAUCCCCUGGUGCCUACCCCACACCGGAAACCGCCACAAUCACUGGGCCGGACUCUACGGCAGACUGGAGUGGGACGGUUUCUUCAGCACAACAGUUACCAACCCAGAGCCCAUGGGCAAACAGGGCCGCGUCCUGCAUGCUGAGCAGCACAGAGUGGUGAGUGUGAGGGAGUGUGCACGCUCUCAGGGAUUCCCGGACACGUAUCGUUUCUUUGGAAACAUCCUGGAUAAACACAGACAGGUAAACUG